AAGUUACACUACGUUACUCUGUAAAUUACUCUAAGUUACUCUGUAAGUUACUCUGUAAAUUACUCUGUAAGUUACUCUGUAAGUUACUCUAAGCUACUCUGUAAGUUACUCUAAGUUACUCUGUAAAUUACUCUAAGUUACUCCAUAAGUUACUCUGUCAAUUACUCUAAGUUACUCUGUAAGUUACUCUGUCAAUUACUCUAAGUUACUCUGUAAGUUACUCUGUAAGUUACUCUGUAAAUUACUCUAAGUUACUCUGUAAGUUACUCUAAGUUACUCUAUAAAUUACUCUAAGCUACUCUGUAAAUUACUCUAAGCUACUCUGUAAAUUACUCUAAGUUACUCUGUAAGUUACUCUGUAAGCUAUUAAAUAAAACCAGUGUUCAUAUAUUCUGAGCGCUGAAGCGCCACCACAUCUAGGUAAUGCAUUGCGAUGGUCGCUCUCAAAGCCAAAACAAGAGAAAAACAUUAGUAGAUCUGCCCCAAAAUGCGUCUCCUGCACAUUAUACAUUAUCAUUUCCCACAGUGAACAGAGGAUGGCGCUGUUUAGUCAGAUCUUCACUGCUCUGCUGCUGCUGCAGUUGGAGCUGCAUCUGGUUGGUGGAUCUGAGGCGGCAGCUCCUCAAACUCUCAGCUGUCCUGCCCCUGCUGGGGUUCCAGGAACUCCCGGACACAACGGCCUUCCGGGACGAGACGGGAGAGACGGGAGAGACGGAGCUGCUGGACCCAAAGGAGAGAAGGGAGAGCUGGGACUAAGUGUGCAGGGACCUCCAGGAAAGGCAGGACCAGCAGGUCCACCUGGGCCCCAAGGACCAAAGGGAGAUGCAGGUUCAUCAGACAUUCAGGACAGGGCGAUUAGAUCUCUUCAGUUGGAGAUCAAAAGUCUUACAGCCAAGAUCUCCCUUCUGGAAAAAGCUGCGAGCUUCCCCACGUCCAGAAAAGUCGGACAGAAGUAUUACGUGACGGACGGCUCGACGGGAAACUUUGACCAGGCGCUGAAGUUGUGCAGCGACAUUGGAGGAGCGAUCGUCCUACCAAGAAACGAGGAGCAGAACCAGGCACUAGUUAAGCUAAUCGCUCCUUUUGGCUCAGAGGCUGCUUACAUUGGAAUCACAGACCGACAGGUAGAGGGUCAGUUUGUAGACACUGAAGGAAAGUCUUUAACAUUCACGAAAUGGGGGACUGGUCAGCCUGAUAAUUAUAGGGGGGUGCAGGACUGUGCCAGUAUACUCGAAUCCACGAUUUGGGACGACCACGGCUGCGAGGUAACUCAUCUUAUUGUGUGUGAAAUAUGAAACAAACGAAACCUUUUAAUCUGGCCACAGACUGACCAAGUACUGCAGUCCAUCUUUCGCGCUAGGUUUGCUGGACGAAGAGUUCGUAAGCCUCUGGGCACCAAAGCUUUACAAGGUAAUUCCACACAUUUUCCAUAUUUCAUCGUAAUUAAAUGGUUAAGAUGCAGUGAUGAGCCAAGACUGAUGGAGCUGGGCCUUCAAUUCGAGCCAUAAAUAUCCAAACCUGGUCAAAACACGAGGGAAGAAAGCGCCUCAGCGGUUAUACGAACUUCUGCCAGCAUCCCUGACGGAUGGAUUCUAGGAACACAGUCCUCACCCACGUACUUUAAACACAGCCAUCUGCAGCUUCUACAGGACAUUUCAUGUUUUUUGUGUGAUGACUGUGACAUACUGGCAUUUAUUUUACCCUGGAUCCGUUUCUCAGUGACUCUUUCUGUAGUGAGCUCUGGUGUCGAGCUGCUGCCACCGUUUUCCAUUUCUAACAACCCGCUGAUCAGGUUGCUGCUCAUGAUCACAGUCAGUAACAUAUCUAGAACUUCCAGAAGGCCUACAGUGACAUAUUUCUCACCUAAAUCAAAACGUGACUGGUUGAUUCCUCCGUCACGUCCUAAUGAUGCUGGUAGUUAAUCUAAGGUGUAGGGCCUUCAGUCCAGCUCCUGAAGUCAAUUAACCAAUGGGAGAAACCAAUGGGAGAGCAGCUUGGCUACAUCCAUUUAGAUACCACGGAGAGAACAAUCCUGAUUGGACAAUCUCCUGUCAGGCAUUUCAAGCACAAACUACAAAUGUUUUUCAGUUCCCAUAAAUCAUUCGUCCCUCUCUGAAGCCCUAAAAGGCCCUGAGGGUUCCCGUCUGUUACGAUGUAAACAGAGUGGUUUGGUGUGAAACGCUCUGUUCUAGAUAAACUCACCGAGUCAGAACCGUUCACAGUGGUGGUGAUGGGAA